GACCACCAGUUCACUACAACACGCUGCGAGCGGCGGACGGAAAGCGCCACACGGAGAACGACCGAGCAAGCGAGUGCGCGGCGCCAAGGUUUCGCCUCCCUUCCCCCGUUCGGCCAGUUCUUCCGCAGAGACCGACCUGUGCGACCGCCAACGGAUACAAAGGCCGCCCCCCCCCCCACCCCCUUUUACUCCUGGACAGCAUGUAGAACCACACGCGAGCGACCAUCACCCCGCGCGGUUGACGACAUUGGCCCGCCGCGGCCGACCCCCGCUGCCAUAGUGCUGCUGCUUUGCCGCAGUCUUCACAGCGCGACUUGUGUCUCUGGAUAUACUACACCGAUUGGGAUCCCUCCACCGCCUCCUACAGGCGCGGGGGCCCGCGACAGCCCAGAAGCCGGCCGGAUGUGGCCGGCGGCGUGCGGCGUGCGAGGCGCAUGGCCAUCAGCAUGUUCUUGGACAGCAUCUACCUCAACUGGGUGCAGCGACGCUUCCAGAACGCCACGCCCGAGGCCCGCAGCCUGCUGCGCGCCGCUCGCGUCUCGCUGCCCAACGAGGCCGCGGGCGCGCCGGGCGCCGGCGGGCCGCUCAACGCGUACCUGGCGCGCAACCCGGUGCUGCAGCUGCUGCAGAACAACCACUCGUGGCUCGCGCUGCUCGGCAACUCGACGGCCAUCGGCGCCGGCGGCGACGACUACGCGGUGCGCGUGAGCAACGCCAGCCGCGCGGGCUCCUACUACGACCACGGCCUGACCGCGCUCUACCCGUACCUGGCCGUGGCCAUGGCCGUGUCGCUCAUGUUCCUGGCGCUCAUCUGCGCCGCGUACUGCGUGCUGCCGGACAUGCGCAACACGCACGGCAAGAACCUGCUCUCGCUGUCCAGCUGCUUCAUCGUGCUCUACGUGGGGCUCAUCGUGGACUUCACGCUGCGCUCGGUGCUGCCGCGUCGGGUGUGCUUGGCGGUGGCCGUGGUGCAGCACACCAGUUUUCUCGCGGUGUUCUUCUGGACCAACGUGAUGGCGUUCGACGUGUGGCAGGCCAUUGUGACGUUGCGGCCGCUGGCCAAUCCGCGCCUGCGCGAGGACCACUACUGGCAGUACGCAGUGUACGCGUGGACCGCGACGGCGGCCGUCUCGGCGCCUGCCUUCGUGCUGCACUUCACCGAGCUGGUGCCGCAGGCGUACCGGCCCCGGUUCGGCGAGGUGCGCUGCUGGCUCAGCGGCCAGCUCGCCUACGCGCUCUACUUCAACCUGCCCGUCGGCAUCAUACUGCUCUGCAACGUGGUCAUCUUCGGGUUGACCGCGUGGGCCCUGUACCGCGCCAAGACUCUGCAGAGGGUCACCCUGCAGGCCAAGCAGCACAAAAAGAUGUUCUACUUGUAUGUCAAGCUCUCGGUCGUCAUGGGCAUCAUAUGGGUGUUUGAGUUCAUACCCUGGAUCACUGGCUACUACAGACUGUAUGGACUUGCCGGCAUGCUGAACUCCUUGCACGGCAUCUACCUGUUCUUCAUUUUUGUUUUCAAGCACAAGACACUUGCGCAGCUGCGCCAGCGUCUCAGCUGCUGUGGCAAAAGAACAGUAAAACCCACCCUGUCCAAGAAGUACUCGUCCAGCACGCUCACAUCCAUCUCCAACUGUGCACUCAGCUCGGGACCUUAGUGCGACUCCUCGUGGUUGCAGCAAAGAUGUGUUGUUGUGGUGCAAAGUGGUGAAUUUUUUUUUUUCUCCCUGCCUUGAGAACCUUGGGAUAUGUGAUAAGUGCAUCAAGAACAGCUGUGCAUACUGACGUGACAAUGCGAUGCCAAAAACAUUUAAAAGAAAUGUGGCGUGGAGAUGUGCGCACUAAAUAACAGUGAGUCAACUGGACUGCUCAGCAACACUUGUGACAUGCCAUUGAACUGCCACUAAACUGUGGAAAUAUUUAUAAAACAUGUUGUCCAUCAA